AUGUCUGAACUAACGUCUAUAAUAAUGAUCAGUUGUUUUGAAUUAAUUUACAUUGGAAAAUUCGUACCUCUUAUCUGGCGCAUACUUUUUGAUAGUACAUUAUCCAUUGUAUUGACAAAACUUGAAACAAUUCACGAAAAAUUGAUACGCCUGAAUGUGGUCGGUCCGAUAAAUAUAAAAAUGUAUUGGAUUUACAUUAUUGGAUUUAUUGGAAAUGUCAUGGGAGUUGUAACUCAAACCGUCAGAGUGCUAAAUAUUGUCGAAAAUCUUAAAACACAAGAAAUGAUUAAUUUGACGGUUAUGAAUACUUGUCAAUUAGUAGUAUUUUAUGAAUAUAUACUACUAAUAUUAUACACACAGUGGAUAGUGUACAAGAUAAAUGAACAAAUUCCUGAAAUAAGGUCGUGCUUAAGUACAUUCAGAGAUAUGUAUUUGGAAGUUUUAGAAUGCUUGAACGAUGUCAACAAAUCAAUAUAUGGUUUACCGGCCAUAGUUUCUUUUAUUGCAACAAAUGUCGCCGAAAUAAUUUAUAUAAUAUACAACCAUAUAUUAUUUCCUAGAAACCAGUUUUCUGCAUUUCCAGUCAUAAGAUUAUCAAUGAGAGUAUUUAAUAUUCUGACAUUAUACAUGACUGGUCAAGCCACGGAAAAAGAGAUAAAUCGGAUGAGUCUUGUAUUACAUCAACGAUCCGUAAUCGAAAGAAACCCUAGGAUUAAACGUCAGAUCAAGUUUUUUUUACUACGAAGAUUGCACGAGCACUUCCAUUUUCAGUUGUAUGGAAUAUUUUAUAUCAAUAUAAGACAACUACUUAUCCUAACAAACAGUGCAAUUGGUUAUUUAGUAAUUCAAAUUCUGUUCAGAUUGAAUAAAUAAUAAACAGAGAUAUUAAUUGGCAUCCCGUGAUAUUUGUUUAACGUAAGACACUCGAACUACGAUCAUGUUUCAUUGAUAAUUAUUGUUAUUUUAUAUUAUCAUAAUGUAUUAUUGUUUUUAGCUCACCGACUUAUUGAUGGAUCUUAUAAUUAUAUAGUAAAUUGUUAAUUAUAUAUAGUUUAAAUAUUUUGAAAAUUUCGUAGAGUUUUGAAAAUAAUUAUAUUAUAAUAU